GUUGAAAGUGAUCAAGUUCAACAUACAUAGUGCAGUUGCAGACGUGGAGAAAUUUUUUGAUAUUACCUUAAUAUUAUGUUUGAAUAAGUCUUGUUUUGUUAGCUAUUAAUUAGGGAAUAGUUGGAGCAGUUUGUUUCUAUUCUUUGCACGUUCAAACACUUAGCUACAUUAUAGGAUCUGAUUAGUUUGCUUUGUAUGGCUAAUAUUCACUUUGUAAAGGCUAUAUAAAGCCCACAUCAGUUCAUACGAAAUAUAUGUUGAGUUGUGCUCCAUUCUGCUUUGCAUAUUUGUAGUAUAUUAGUGUGUUCAUUUACAGCUAUAAGCUGACAUUUGGUAUCAGAGCUACAGGCCGAUCCUUUGGCCUUUGAGAGAGUUUUUUGUUAAGAGUUUAGAUCUGUGAGUGACUAAUCAAAACAGGAGUGAGUUUAGAACCAAAAAAAUACUACAAAUAAUACAAGAUGCAAAGCAAUGGAAUGGGUAUCAAUGCAAAUCAGCUCCCUCUAUUCAAGGGAGUGAAUUAUCACUUUUGGAGUUUAAAGAUGAAAACACUCUUUAAAUCCCAGGAGUUGUGGAGCAUUGUAGAGGAUGGCUUCGUUGAUGAUCAACAAGAAGAUCCUGAUCAACUGCUCAGAGACAAAAGAAAGAAGGACGCAAAAGCCCUUUAUCUCAUCCAACAAGGGCUAGAUGACAUGGUGUUCCCUCGAAUUGCAGCUGCAUCCACCUCCAAAGAAGCAUGGACCAUCCUGAAACAGGAGUACCUAGGAGACAAAAAGGUAAUCCAAGUGAGGUUGCAAUCAUUAAGAAGAGAAUUGGAGGCAACAAAGAUGAAGGACAAGGAAACUGUGCAGGAUUACCUUUCCAGAAUAACCACAACUGUGCAGCAGAUGAAGACAUAUGGGGAAGACAUUGACUCUCAACAAGUUGUAAGUAAGGUUAUGAGAAGUCUAACAUCCAAGUUUGGGCAAUUGGUGACUGCAAUAGAGGAAUCCAAGGAUAUGGAAACCUAUACCUUUGAAGAGCUCAAAGGAUCUCUUCAGGCAUAUGAAGAAAGACACAGAGGUGAGGCUGAAAAGAAUGAAGAACAAGCUUUUCAAGCCCAGAGUGAAUCAACAAAUGAUCAAGCCUUCCAGUACCCAAAUAGGGGAAGAGGAAGAGGUAGGGGAGGCUUCAGAGGUGGUCAUGGUGGAAGAGGCAGAGGAAGAGGUUCCUCCAGCCAUGGAGGAAGACAAGGCAAUUCUAAACCUCCUAUUAAAUGUUACUAUUGUAACAAGAAUGGUCAUAAGGAAGCAGAAUGCUGGAGAAAGAAUCCAGAUCUUGCCCCCAAGAGAGAAGAAAACAGGUCUAACUAUGUUGAACAAGAACAAGAACAACUGUUUUUGGCUCAACAUACUUCAGACCUCAAUGCAGAAACAGUUUGGUAUAUUGAUAGUGGUUGUUCUAACCACAUGUCUGGAUCCAAGGAUAUGUUCCAGGACAUUGAUGACACAAGAAAAGGUGUUGUCAGAUUGGGUGAUGGCAAGCAGCUUACAGUUGAAGGACUUGGAACCAUUUCAGUACACACUGAAGAAGGGAAGAAGAAACUCUUGUCCAAUGUACAAUAUGUGCCACAAUUAGCCCACAAUCUGCUUAGUGUUGGACAACUUGUGAGUGGUGGCUACUCAGUGACUUUUGAAAAUGGAAUGUGUGCUAUUAAAGAUGGAAGCACUGAUGAAGGAUUGUUGAAAGCUGGAAUGGGAAAGAACAAGCUGUUUCCAUUAGAUCUAUCCAUACACUGUGGAAGAGCUCUUGUUGUCAAAGGAGAAGAUAAUGCCAAAUUGUGGCAUUUGAGGUAUGGACAUCUUAAUAUACACAGUUUACAGCUUCUCAGUUCUAGGGGAUUUGUAAGAGGUCUCCCUAGAAUUGGUGAACUUGAAUUAUGUGAAGGGUGUAUAUAUGGAAAACAGUCUCGAGGGUCAUUUCCUAUUGGAGAGUCAUGGAGAGCCACUGAUUGUCUUGAGCUGCUCCAUGCUGACCUAUGUGGUCCAAUGGAAACUGAAUCACUAGGGGGUAGCAAGUACUUUCUUAUGAUUACUGAUGACUGUAGUAGAAUGUCUUGGGUCUACUUUCAAAAGACCAAAUCAGAAGCUUUUGAUAACUUUAAAAAGUUUAAGGCUUUAGUUGAAAAACAAAGUGGAAAACUAGUAAAAGCACUUAGAACUGAUAGAGGAGGGGAGUUUUGUUCCAAUGCUUUUACAGAGUUUUGUGAUGAGCAAGGAAUCAGAAGGGAAUUUACAGCCCCAUACACCCCAGAGCAGAAUGGGGUGGCUGAAAGGAAGAAUAGGACUGUUGUUGAGAUGGCAAGAAGUAUGCUAAAAGCCAAGGGUCUGCCAAAUCAGUUUUGGGGUGAGGCAGUAUCCACAGCUGUAUACAUUCUUAACAUCUCACCAACAAAAGCAGUCCAAAAUUCAACACCAUUUGAAGUAUGGAGGAUGAAGAAACCAUCAGUGGGUCAUAUGAAGAUAUUUGGAUGCAUAGCAUACACCCUUGUAAAUUUGAGAACCAAGUUAGAUGACAAAGCUGACAAAUGCAUUUUUGUUGGCUACUCAACACAGUCAAAAGCUUACAGAUUGUAUGAUCCUCUUACUGAUAAGAUUAUUAUUAGUAGGAAUGUCAUAUUUGAUGAAGAUGCAGCAUGGGACUGGAAGACUGAAAAUCAGAACGAGGAAGAAACACAAAGGUUUAUCAGUUUUGACACUGCUACAGAUCCUGACCAGACUCCAGUGCAGACUCCAAUCUCAAGUCCCUCAGCUUCAACUACCUCUUCUCCUCCAACUACACCAUUGAAUCCACAUUCUCAUACCACUGAUGGCACCCAGGAUUCAGAUAGUUCUUCCAGUGAACUGCCAAGAAAAGUAAGAUCCUUAAUUGAUAUCUAUGAUUCAUGUUCAUUUGCUCUUGUUGUCACAGAACCUAGUAAUUAUGAGGAAGCUGCUACUCAUACUGAAUGGACACAAGCUAUGGAAGAAGAGAUUAAAGCCAUAGAAAAGAAUCAGACAUGGGAUCUUGUUACACUACCUAGGGAUAGGAGUGUAAUAGGACUGAAAUGGGUAUACAAAACCAAAUAUAACUCUGAUGGAAGUAUCUCAAAACACAAGGCACGACUGGUAGCAAAAGGGUAUGCUCAGCAAGAGGGUAUUGACUAUGAAGAAACUUUCUCACCUGUGGCCAGAUUUGAAACUGUGAGGAUAGUGUUGGCAUUAGCAGCUCAAUGGAAACUGCCUGUUUAUCAGUUAGAUGUAAAAUCAGCUUUCCUCAAUGGUGACCUACUUGAGGAUGUAUUUGUAGAGCAACCAGUUGGCUUUGUGAAGAAAGGGGAGGAAGAUAAUGUCUACAAACUCAAAAAGGCUCUAUAUGGUUUGAAACAGGCCCCAAGGGCAUGGUACGACAAAAUUGACUCUUUCUUUAUUGGGACUGGCUUUGUACGAAGUGAUAAUGAACCUACUUUGUAUGUAAAGAAAGAAGGUAUGCAUGAGUUCAUUAUAGUAUGCUUAUAUGUUGAUGACAUUAUCUACUUUAGUUCUUCCCAAAGCAUGCUAGAUUCUUUCAAGGGCUCAAUGACACAACAAUUUGAGAUGACUGAUUUGGGGCUGCUCCAAUACUUUCUGGGACUGGAGGUCAAGCAAGGUAUUGAUGGGACUUUUCUUUGCCAAAAGAGGUAUGCCUUAAAUUUACUCAAACGGUUUCAUAUGGUGGACUAUGAGACUGUCAAGACGCCUAUGAAUACUAAUGAGAAGUUACAAAAGUGUGAUGGAACUGAAGAAGCAGAUGCUAGGCUGUAUAGAAGUUUGGUAGGUGGGUUGAACUAUCUUACUCAUUCUCGGCCUGAUCUAGCUUAUUGUGUUAGCAUUGUAUCAAGGUAUAUGCAGAGUCCAACCAGGCAGCAUCUUGGUGCAGCAAGAAGGAUUCUGAAAUAUGUAGCUGGAACAUUGGAGUAUGGUUUAUGGUAUUGCAGUGUGAAGGAUUGCAAACUGAGAGGCUACACAGAUAGCGACUGGGCUGGGUGUAUUGAUGAUAGAAAGAGUACAUCCGGUUCUGUGUUUGACAUAGGUUCUGGAGCCAUAACUUGGAGUUCAAAGAAGCAGGAAACAGUUGCAUUGUCCUCUUCAGAAGCAGAAUAUGUAGCUGCAGGGGCUGCAGCCAAGCAGGCUCUAUGGAUUGGGAAACUAUUGAAGGAUUUGGGUUGCAAACAGUCUAAUGAACUUGAGCUAUGGUGUGACAACAAAUCAGCCAUAGCAAUGGCAAGAAAUCCAGCCUAUCAUUCACGAACAAAACAUAUAGAUGUGCAAUAUCACUUUAUUAGGCAGCUUGUGGCAGAAGGAAGAAUCUGGCUUCAGUAUUGUGGAACUGAAUGGCAGAAUGCAGAUUUGUUUACUAAAGCUCUAAACCAUGUGAAGCAUUAUCAUUUUAUGAAGAGAAUUGGAAUGUGUGAACUUGGAUCAAGGGGUGGUGUUGAAAGUGAUCAAGUUCAACAUACAUAGUGCAGUUGCAGACGUGGAGAAAUUUUUUGAUAUUACCUUAAUAUUAUGUUUGAAUAAGUCUUGUUUUGUUAGCUAUUAAUUAGGGAAUAGUUGGAGCAGUUUGUUUCUAUUCUUUGCACGUUCAAACACUUAGCUACAUUAUAGGAUCUGAUUAGUUUGCUUUGUAUGGCUAAUAUUCACUUUGUAAAGGCUAUAUAAAGCCCACAUCAGUUCAUACGAAAUAUAUGUUGAGUUGUGCUCCAUUCU